AUGGCGGACGCGGCUGCUGAACUCGACGAGGGGGGAACGGUGCGCACAUUGAAAGAUCUCUUUGCUGGUGCUGCAGGUGGUGUUGCCCAGGUUUUGUUGGGUCAACCGUUUGAUAUUGUCAAGGUCCGACUACAAACGUCGACCACCUACCCCAACGCCCUCGCGGCAGCAAAAACAAUCUACAAAACAGAAGGUCCGCUUGCCUUCUACAAAGGUACCUUAACACCUUUGAUUGGUAUUGGGGCGUGUGUCUCCGUGCAGUUCGGCGCCUUCCACGAAGCACGUCGCCGCUUUGAAGCCUACAAUGCCUCCAAGAACCCUCUACAGUCCCCGGGACUCUCCUACCCUCAGUACUACGCUGCAGGGGCUUUUGCCGGUAUUGCGAACUCGGUAAUUUCGGGGCCAAUUGAGCAUGUCCGUAUUAGAUUACAGACUCAACCUCAUGGAGCCAAUAGGCUCUACUCGGGUCCUUUGGACUGUGUGCGUAAACUCUCAGCUCACGAGGGCGUGCUGCGUGGCCUCUACCGCGGCGAAGCAGUCACCAUCUUGCGAGAAGCACAGGCCUACGGAGUCUGGUUUCUGGCGUUUGAAUAUAUGAUGAAUGCAGACGCUCUACGGAACAAGAUCGAGAGGAAAGAUAUCCCGAGCUGGAAGAUUGCAUUCUAUGGUGGUUUAGCAGGAGAAGCACUGUGGUUGGGGAGCUAUCCAUUUGAUGUCGUGAAGAGCAAGAUGCAGAGUGAUGGGUUCGGGGAGAAGAUGCGGUACAAGAGUAUGCGUGACUGCUUUGCCCAAACUUACAAAGCGGAGGGACUCAGAGGCUUCUGGAAAGGACUCGGACCGACUCUUUUGAGGGCUAUGCCAGUCAGUGCGGGCACAUUUGCGGUGGUGGAGAUGACUAUGAGAGCUAUUCACUAG